AUGGCCGACCGCACGGCAGCGGAGAUCAAGCCGAAAUGCACCCCCGCGGAGCUCAUGUUGAAGGUCAUUUUGACGGGGACCUUGAGCCACUACGAAACCCGCGGGAUGAUUGACGACAAACGCUUAGAACACAUGCUCUCUGCAGGGAAGCAGAUUCUAUACAAGACACACCAGGAGAGCGAUGUCAGACAUAACCUUGGCCUAUCACCGGAUAUCUGGCAAGGCUUCACAGACGUACUGACGAAGGCGAUCCCGGUCCUUGAAUCCCAAUCGUUUGCAUGGAAGAGCCCCCCGACGGCAAAUUACGAUCACUCCUCUUCGAACCUAAUAGCCUACAAUUACUUUUCGCUAGUCAAGGACAUUGAGCGCCUAAAUGAUCUCUGUACGAUUGCCCGUAACCUCCUCGCCACUACGAAAAAGGCGCAGAACAUGGCGGCGGAGAAAGGGUUCGAUCAGAGAAUCUUAGCCCUGGUAGAUACUUGCGUUAGAGUAACCGCGCGAGGGUUUGACGGGGAGACGAAUGCAAGGAACGAAGAGCGCUGGCAAAAGGUUGUCAACCUAUACAAGCGUCUCCUUAUCACCUGCUUGCAGUUCUUGCAUAAUUUCAUCAUGCACAACGAACAACGCAAGAUGGUGCUAUGGUUAGAUUUGUUUGGGUACCACUCAACGGGCGACUCGAACAUUAUCCAGCCCAGGGAGCCCCUUGACCCCGCUUGCAGUCAGCAGGAAGGAAUGGCGCCUAUCGUAAAGACCGGAGAGAGGAUAGUAAAUCCCCCGAUAAGGGCUCUUUACGACCAAACCGCAGAGGAUCUGCUCUUGGAAACCAUCUCAAACUUCCCGAGAGAGCCUGCCACCAUCAAGGAAGAGGCAGCCAUGUUGCUUCUUGCUAACAUCAAGGAUCACAUGGAAAAGCUGCUCGGACGCGAUUUGACUGCCAUACAGGAAAUGGGGAAGGAUCCAGAACAGGUGAAGGAGAUUCGCGCCGCUCUUACCGCCAUACUCGGAGCAAAGGUUGAUGGAUGGUCUGAUCUCCAGGACAGGGCUAAGGACCUACCUCCUGCUCUGCCAGAAGAUGAGCCGCCUCGCAAGAAAGCGAUUGUUACGAUUGAUCGCAGCGCAACGGCUGGAUUCCCACGUGUCUGCUGGACCGAUCUUCCCGAUCUUGGAGAUUACGGUGCGCUUUCGGGUGGCGAUGCGACUGUGAUGGAGGAAGAUAUGAGCAUGCCGCGUUCAGCACAGUCAGCGGCAGAAACCCUGCAGGAGGCUAAAGACGAGCUGAUGGCCCGGUUGCAGGAGAGCUCGCAGAUUGGCGACGGUGAUCAGGACUACGACACUGGUGAUGCAGGCACGGUCGGUGACGAUGACUCGCGAAGCUUGGAGGCUGUUGCAGACGGAAGUAUGGAGGAAGAAGAGGAAGAGGACGACGAGGAUGACGACGACUAUCGUGGCCGGCCAGGCGACCAACAGCGGGGUCUCCUGACUGAUAUUCCACUCGUGCUGGGCCCGGCAGAGAUCGAGGCACUGCCAAUGAUCAUCCAGGCUGGUAUCGUGGAUAGUUUCGGCUUGAAGGGUGGGGAGAGAAGUGGUUCGAGGAAUAUGCAGGCCCUCAGAUGUCACAUUUUGCUCACUCAGGAGACGGGUAGGAACCUGCUUCGCGAGCUGUUGAUCUUCAUCGCUGCCUGGGAUCUCCCUGACGACGAACUCUACUUCAAGAUGAUGGUUCAGAUUAUGGACGCGGUCUUGAGAAAUGGUUUGAUGUCUCAUGCAUACUCCGAUUUCGGCCAACCCAAGGACAUCAUUUCGCCCGCGCAGGCGGUGGUUGUCAAGAUUCUCACGCAUAUCUUCCGAGCCAAGUACUCCCCUGCAUCGGUUACAGGAUCAACCCAGCCCAACGGAACAGCGACUAAGAACCCGGCCCCGCUUUCUAGAGUUGACAUCCUUACUGUCCGGUACAUCUUCACGAUCUUCCGCGGCAACAUCAUUCCCGAAACUUGCGCUUUGAUCUACCUGCAGGGCCAGAUCCGAGCUGGGCGGGCUUUGCCUGAGGACUUCCCGCUGAAUCUGUGGGACAUGGAGCGGGUCUAUGAGGGUGUUUACCAGUUCCUCGAGUUCUUUGCUGUGCUCACAGAGAACAACGACUGGAAGAAUCUGUUGGUCAAAUGGGAGAUUGUCUACGACCUAGUCACGUUAAUCAAGGAGCUCGAAGCCAGCAUUCCCAAGGGUCAGCUGAGCGCGCUCAACCUGGGACACAACAACCCCUCCAAGGAGCCCCAGCACACGGCUCCCGCGCCGGUUGCAGUUGAGCGCCCAUACGAUCCCGGUGACCCGGACCCGAUUGAUGCCCCCGGCUCUCGGGCCGAAUCACCGCCAAUCACCGAAGAUCCGUCCGAGUUUGAAUGGCGCAACCUCAAGAAACUCGUCGUGCUUGUUCUGUCGUCUCUUGUAUGGAAGUGCCCCGAGGUGCAAGACCAAAUUCGUCGCUACGGUGGUGUCGAGACCAUCCUGUCCUGCACCAACUUUGAUGCGCACAACCCCUACAUCAAGGAACACGCCGUCAUGUGCCUGAAGUUCCUACUGGAGGGUAACCGCGAGAACCAGAAGAUGGUCGAGGAGCUCGAAGCGCGGGAAGUGGUGAAGGAUGACGCAGGGAUGUUGGAACGUAGCGGACUGGAGGCAGUCAUCGACAAGGCAGGCAAACUGGCCAUCCGCACAAAGGAUUGA